AUGUAAUAUUUUGUAACAGGAAUAUUAUAGUCAUUUGGUUUAUGUGGAUUAAGAAAUGAUUUGAUUCAUUUAGUUGCAUUUAGACCUCCAUCAGCUACAUAUGAAUUAAGAUUGAGAAAAUAGAAUAAUCAUAAAAAUCUUAAGAAAAUGAGAAAGAAUUCAUCUGAUAAAAUCUAGGUUACAGAUUAAUCAAUUAAAAGUGAUUUGUAAAUUAAUAAAGAAAACCACUCUCAAUAUAUUAAUAAAAGAAGAAGAAAUAUAAGAAAUUUUGAGUAAAAUUUUAUUUUCAUAAAAAAUUAGAGAGUAUCCAGAGUAUCCAGAAUAUGAUUUUAUUAAACUUUCAGAUAAAUCAACUGAUGAAAAUGAAGAUUAUGUGGUCCGUUCUGAUAUUUGUAGUGUUACAGCAUAUUUUAUAAGUUUAAAGAAGAACAAAUAAAUGGCUUGUAUAUACUUAAAUCGAAAUAGUGAAUAAAUUAUUUUAUUCAGUCAUGGUAAUGCUUGUGAUUUAGGAAUGAUACUUGAUAAACUACUUAGUAAUUAUUUAUAAUUGAUUAUUUAAAGAAUUUGUAUAACAUACAAAUACUAGUGUUUUUGCUUAUGAAUACAGUGGUUAUGGUUAAAGUGAUGGGAUAAGCAAUGACAUCAAUGUCAUUCGUAAUAUUUAUGCUGCCUAUACUUUUUUGAUUCAUUAAUUAGGAUAUAAACCUACUUAAAUUAUUGUAUAUGGUUACAGUAUCGGAUCAGGACCUAGUAUUACGUUAGCUUCAAAUUCAUAAUUUCCAAUAGGAGGACUUAUUAUUUAAAGUGGGUUUAGUUCAGGAUUAAGAAUGAUUUCUAUAUAGAUUGAUCAAACCCCUUUUUAUGAUAUGUUUCCAAAUAUUGAUCGAAUAUAAUUUGUUUCAUGUCCAGUCUUUAUUAUGCAUGGAGCCAAUGAUAAAGUUAUAUCUGAACAACAUGCCAAAUUAUUAGCUGAAAAAACAAAAAAUUUAUAUGAACUAUGGAUUCCACAUAAUAUUGGACAUUGCAAUAUGGAAUCAGAUGCUCUUAAUAGAGAAUUAUAUUUUCAGAAAAUUAAAAAAUUUAUAUAAUGUAAAUCAUAACAUUGAUAUUUAGACAUAUAAAUCGAAAAUCUAAGUAUUCCUGAUUUGAUUCUUAAAAAUACAGCAAUUUCUGAUGGCAAAACACCUUCUACAUCACAUUUAUACUAAACUAAAAUAUUUUGA